AUGCGGCUUAUCCUGCUGCUUUUAGCGGGCUGCUACCUAAGCUCGGCCCAGCUUUUCCACCAAGUCGUCGCCCAGCUCGGUCCGGAAACGGUCAGCUGCUUCCGUAUUCUGAAUGCAACUCAUCAGUUUGGCUGUCAGACCGAACGGGAUGGCAACGUCGGGGCUGUGAUUCGUUUCACCAACCCCGCAGAGACACGACUGAUCAAAGAGUGUUGGAAGGCUCGUUAUCCUGAUUGGGAUGGCGGUUUUGCCGUUCUCAUCGAUGAUAUUCUGCUUCACGAGUAUGUUCACUUCGCCGGAAUGAUCAAACCACGUUCUAGCUCAAAUAUCGCCUUGAUGUUGCAACGGGCCCCUUGCGUGCGCUCGGUUUUGGUCCUUCCGACCGAUCUUCGCGAUCCAUUGUUGGGUGGCCUGAGCCGGAGUGACGACCAACUUUGUCCGAACAGCCAUUCCACUCUGUACGAGCAAUGCGGACAAUGGAAUCGGAAUGGGAUCUACAAGACCGAGGGUCUCGUUUUUACCGAUUGGAACAAGCCAGUGGUUGUGCUGAAGAACAAGACAAACAUCGAUAUGGUCUCCGCCUGUGCCGACGCUGUGAAUAAGGCCAAUGGCACUGCUGGAGACUGGCCGAUCUAUUUCCCGAUUUGCGCUAUCAAUAUCAAGGUCUUUUCUUAUGCUGCUGGAAAUUCUGCGCUGUGUAUGUCCCGAAGCGAGGGGACAACGUUGGAACUGGACAAUCCGGUGACGUUCUGCGAUCCGUUGCAAGACUACAACGUCUUCAUCGAGUUCCCAGCUAGGCAGGCGGCGCAGAGGAAAGUUGCGCCUCGCCAAGGGAAAUACCUCGCCAUUGCCACACGGAUGGAUUCCUUAUCGUUCAUCCCUGAGCAUUCACCGGGUGAAAUGUCGGCCAUCGCCACAAUAAUGACGGUCCUGACGGCUGCAAAAAUAGUGGCCAACGAGCGAACUGCUUUUGAGAAGGCGUCCAACAGCUCGAACCGACACGUCCUGUUCUCGUUUUUGCAUGGGGAGGCCUACGAUUACAUCGGAAGUAGCCGCAUGGUGUACGAUAUGGACCACGACGCGUUCCCCAGCCCAUUCAACGAGAAAUUGAAGGCACAGAAGGAAUUGAUAAAACCCGAGCAGCUCGAGGCGUUCAUCGAUGUUCAACACAUUAUCCACGGAGAAGAUUAUAUACUUCAUGUUGAUGAUGAAGCCUACAAACGGGAAGCUAAACUGACGAACGUUCUGAUCGAGGCGGCCCGAAAGUCGCUGCGCAUGCAGAUGCCAAAAGCGAAUUUGACCGAAAAGAUCUGGGUGCUGCCUCCGUCUUCGGCGUAUUCGUUUGUGCGACGAAAUGCCCCCGGGUUACAGUCGGCCAUGGUCUUUGCCCAAUUUGAUGAGAUGUACCAAUACCCACGAAUCAAUUCGAUGAUGGACAUCAACCACUAUACCUUGGAAAGUCAGCUGACUCUGAAGUUGGCCAUUAGGCAAGGGGCCGAGGCUCUGGCUGCGAUGGCUCGAGAGUAUGUUGGUGUGACGACAGCUGGGAAAAGGCUAGAUGAUAGCUAUGUGAACGAGCUCUACAACUGCUUCAUCGACUCUGACGACUGGUGGUCGUGCCGCCUUUUCCAGGCCGUCCUGGAGCCAGUUGCCAGUCUGAAGCCAGCAAAGCUAUCCAAGACGACAUAUAUCGGCGCCGACGGCCAUUCGAUCAUCAGAAACAUUGUAACUGGGCUGGCUGUCGAGGCAACCGGGCGUCCCGAUGCGACGAGCAAUGUCGCCGACGCCGAGCAGUGCGACCAGCUUAACCAUCAACAAAACCUGUACCGUUACACCUGGCAACGCGAUUACAAAACCAAUACGAGCCGUUGUCUGAAGAGUACCGUGUUCCUUACCAAGGCCCUUUCACCAGCCUUUACUGAGGAGGGCGUUGACCUGGCCACUACAAAAUGGCCUACAUGGACUGAAGCAUCCUACACUGUGGCUCAUUCAAACAAACAGGCUGGUCCACAGAUGUUCCUCGUCGAGCCGAGCCACAACGAACUGCAUGCUAUGAUCGGGGCCGGCAUCUUUGCUUGGAUCGUCGCGCUCGUGUUUCACAGGAUUGGGACGUCAAUCUUCGUGAUCAAUGAGGGAGAGCCACAAGCUGAAGCCGGGGAACCUUUG